AUGGCACUUGCAAAACCAGUUGGCACACCUUUGGCACAAAAACAUGGUCUACAACUAGCAACAGGAAACACAGCUGAUGCAUCAUUGUAUAGGAGUGUUGUAGGAAGUCUCCAAUAUUUGUGUCUAACUAGGCCUGAUAUAUCACAUGCAGUUAAUCUAGUUAGUCAGUUUAUGCAGGCUCCAAACACUGAACAUUUUCAGGCCGUAAAGAGGAUUCUUAGAUAUGUGAGAGGGACAUCAAACUAUGGUCUGAGGUUGCUAGCUAGAUCACCACUUAGAUUGUAUGGAUUCUCAGAUGCAGAUUGGGGAGGUUGUGCAAUAACAAGGAGGUCAACCACAGGUUACUCAAUAUAUCUAGGUGCAAACUGCAUCUCUUGGGCCUCUAGAAAGCAGAAGAUACAGUGUCAAGGUCCAGUGCUGAAGGAGAAUAUAGAGCACUGGCCUCAACAGCAGCUGAAAUGA